UCUCGGAUUGGCCAGUCUUCUUAUUUAGGCGGACGUCCCACCCUCAGGCUGUUCCGGGUUGCUGCGGCCAGGCUGCAGAAACGAUGGCGGCUCUGACCGAUGUGCAGCGGCUACAGUCUCGAGUGGAGGAGCUGGAGCGCUGGGUGUACGGGCCGGGCGGGACCCGAGGCUCCAGGAAGGUGGCUGACGGUCUGGUCAAGGUGCAGGUGGCUUUAGGGAACAUUGCCAGUAAGAGGGAGAGGGUGAAGAUUCUCUACAAAAAGAUUGAAGACCUGAUUAAAUACCUGGAUCCUGAGUACAUUGAUCGCAUUGCCAUACCUGAGGCCUCGAAGUUGCAGUUCAUCUUAGCAGAGGAGCAGUUCAUCCUCUCCCAGGUGGCACUCCUGGAACAAGUGAACGCCCUGGUGCCUGUGCUGGACAGCGCUUCUAUCAAAGGCUGCUACAGAGCCCACAUUUGAUUGUCAGAACUCCUGCCAGGCGUGAGACGUUUUCCUGCUGCACUGCUAAGAGUCCCCGGGCCUGGGCCUUGGCAAGCAGGCAGUGGCUUUAAUUGAAUCCAGAUAUCCAUCUUGCCUGUCUCUAGAGGUAUUUCUCUCAGCUCCCGUCCCUUCCCUGAUCAGCUACCCACUUGAGUAUCUGACAGCCUAAAGCUGCAGGCGUUGCAUGGUGGGCAAGGCAGUCAGUGUGUGGGGGAGUCCAAGGGGCCAGUGUAGGGACCUGGUAUUCAUUCCCAGCCCACCUAAGCUCCCUCUCUCAUUAGGCUGACAUUAUCCAUUAGCCCUGCUGGGCUGACAGCAAAGGGGCAGGGCCUGUAAUAAGUAAAGUCUCUUUACUUGGCCCUGCUCGUAGCAAGCAAUACCGAGGACUUUAAGGUUCUGUCUUCUGGGGGGCACCUGUUCUACCCACCCCCACCUCAUGGGUCUUGGAGUGAGGCUGGGGUAGGUAAGGAGCCCCCUCCAGCUACAGCAGUCGGUCGAUGAAGCCUGGCGUUUGUUUAGCUUCUCUACUCAAUACUCUAAUCCUGCGGAAGACCUAAUAGACUAUUGAGCAGUCCCGGGGGAGGGCACAGACAUCAGGCAGUGUGCGUCGUG